CUCCCAUGGUGAAGCAUGCAGAGAAAAGGUCCAAGAUGGGCUUCUUGGAACACUGGUGUCUUUAUUUGCAUCAGAUGUGCUGGAAUACAUCGAAAUCUUGGGGUUCAUAUAUCAAGGGUAAAGUCUGUCAAUUUGGACCAGUGGACACCAGAACAAAUACAGUGCAUGCAGGAUAUGGGAAAUACAAAGGCAAGGAUAGUCUAUGAAGCUAAUCUACCAGAGAACUUCCGAAGACCACAAACUGAUCAAGCUGUAGAAUUUUUCAUCAGGGAUAAAUAUGAAAAGAAGAAGUACUAUGACAAAAAUGCAAUCAGUGUCACUAGUAUGUCCUCCUCUGAUGCUGUUCAGCCUUUGGCACCUUCUCCUUCUCUGCAAGCUGCUGUCGAGAAGAGCAAAUUGGAGAAGGAAAAGGAGAAAAAGAAAGAUGAGAAGAAGAGAGAGAGGGAAUCAGAAAAAACAUUGAAGCCCCUAACAACUGAAAAGCCUCAGAAGAGAGAGGAUCAGCAAUUAGAGCCUAAAGCAAGUCCGAAAAAACCACCAGAACCUACUAUUGAUCUUUUAGGACUCGAUGGUCCUCCUGAAGCACCUGUUACAAAUGGAAGCACCGCUACCAUAACAACACUGAACGAUGACUUGGAUAUCUUUGGCCCAAUGAUCUCUAAUCCUUUGCCAGCAGCUUCUGUACCUCCUGCUCAGAGCACUUCCACUAAACCAACAGCAGCCACCUUAUCUGCUGCAUCCGGGGAUCUUGAUCUAUUCACUGAGCAAACAACAAAAUCAGAAGAGUCAGCAAAGAAACAACUCUCCAAAGACUCCAUCUUAUCACUGUAUGGCACUGGGACCAUGCAGCAGCAAAAUGCUCCAGGUAUUUUCAUGGGAUCUUCUUCCAUGCCAUUUACCACACAACCAUCAACUCAUUUUCAAGGUUUUCCAGCCAUGGGAGUACCUGUGCCUGCAGCUGGUGGAAUGAUGGGAAAUAUGAUGGGACAAUCAGUGCCUGUCAUAGGACAGAACACAGGUAUGAUGGUGGGCAUGGGAAUGCCCAAUGGUUUCACUGGCACUACACAAACUGGUGUGAUGGGACUUCCUCAAAAUGUCGUUGGACCCCAAGGAGGAAUGGUGGGACAAAUGGUUACUGCACAAAAUAACUAUGGCAUGCAACAAAAUCAACAGGCUCAAUGGAACAUCUCUCAGAUGAAUCAGCAAAUGGCUGGCAUGAAUCUCACUAGUUCCAGCAAUGUGAUGGGCUUUGGCCAGCCCCCCAAUACAGUGGCAGGAUGGACAGGAAGCUCUUCAGGUCAGACUCUCAGCACACAACUGUGGAAAUGAAAAUUGCAACAGAAGUUUCAUGCAGAACAGUCACUUGACAUUCCUUGCUCAAAUGCAUUUAUUCUUUUUCUUUUCUCCCAGUUGUUCAGAUUAAGAAGUUAUCUAACUGACUGUGUUGUGGGCUAUAUUGAUUUAAAUUUGAUGUGGCGGAAAGCAGAUUGAGAAUACAUUUAUAUAUCAUUGGCAGCUCUUUCAUAUUACAGUACAUAUGAUUUCAUAAACCAUAUCAACCAGCUGCUUUACCAAUUGCAUACUCAAUUUUUUUUCUCAAAAUUAUAGAUCAAACGUUUGCAUAUAAGGGACGUAGCUAUCAUGUUAGUAAUAUCUCUAAAUAUAUAAACCUUGCCCCCCAGAUUACCCAGUAACCCUUGUAGAAGGUACUGUAUGAACAAAUGUUUAAUCAUAUAAAUAGAAUGUAAAUGUAUCACUGAACAAUGUUUUUAGUGUAUCAAACAUACUGUGUUUUAUCAUUCAUUUCACUGUGAUGUUAUUAUGGUGUGCUUAACAGGGAACAUGGUUAGUGAAAGCAAGAUAAACCUGGAUAUUACUGUAGUUCCACACAUUUUUAGUUUAUUCUUUUAAAACAUGAAUAUUUGAUCCAUUUGAAUUUCCUGUGACAAAAUAUGCAAUUUGGCUCCAUAUGUGUAUGGGUAUAGAGAACUUAUUGCACAAUAUGCAUACAGGGUAACUCACCACAUAAGGAUACUUUUUGUCCUUGCAGAUAUAUCCAGGUUUGACAGUAAUUGUGUUUACAUUUUAUGGUGCCUCGUAUUGAUAAAAUGUUAUUUCCCUAUAUUAAAAAGAUAAAGCCAUAAA